AUGAAUUCAUUGCAACCUUGGCUAGAAUCUGUAGUGUGCGAUAGGCUUGAGAAAGCUGUCACUCGCUAUGCAGAUUUUCUUACCCCCAAUGGCAACCUUGAAAUUGAAGGAGGGAAAGGAAGAUUUGUCCAAGUCAUUGCGUUUCACUCAAUUGCUACCGACCAAUACCACUAUGCAACUGUCUCUGACGGCAAAAAUAGUGUUAGGGCUAAAAUACGCACUCGGGACCCUCGCGAGCCUACUCAGGGUACCAUCAUCAGCGUGAAGCAGUAUCAGAUAGUUCUGGAUCCAACUUCAAACAAAAGCGAUCGGCUGCUAUUUGAGGUGAAAGAUUUCAAAGUGUCAAAGUCUGAGACUCUGUCAACUUUUGGCACACCUGUCGACAUCUUGAAAGGGAACCCCGUUUCGUCCAAAAUAAGCCAGCUUAAAGCUAUGGUGGAAUCCCUGGAUUUAGAAAUGCACCGAUCGCCGUCUUCGUCGCCCUUUAGAUCUCAGCCCCAAGCUGGAAGCAUGGAGCCAGCGACCCAGAUCCUGUUCUCAACCCAGAUUCGGUUUCCUAGGAAUCCAAGUCCCGCUCCACAACCGGCCGCUGCAAUUUCGGAAGGUGCAAUUUCUGGUCCAGACGCCUUAAUUAAACUUCUCGCACAAGCGAAUCCAAAGACCGCUAAAAAGGCUGUAGUUUGGCAAGACAAUAAAUCUCCGAUCGUUUCUCCGCAACAGAAGUCAUCACAGCCAGUUUUUCUAUCACAAAUUUCUGAAAAGGAGGUUGUACUCAUCACGUCGAAGCUAGAUUCGAGAGCCAACAUACGCCAGAGCGUGCAAUCACAAGAUUCCCUCACGUCUGAGAAAAGCAAGCGCUCGACGACUCCUAGAUCCGGAACCGCGUCGGAUAGAAGCUCUGCGGUAAGAGAACCAGAAGGAAACACCCCUAGUGUUCCGCCAGUAAUUGAUUCAUCCCUCAUCCAAAAUCCAUUUCAAGGGCAGAAGCGAGUUCCUAGACGAUUUGUCAGGGUCUCCCGCGAUCAACAAAAACUAUUAGAUAGGGGCGACGCAUGGUACGCUCCCUUAUCAAAUUCACAGCAGCAUUACGCCACUCUUCCUCACGAAGUGCGAGAACACUUAUUGGCGUUUGCUUCACGCCCGGCAGUCGAGUUGGGGGGUGUCGAAUCUUCCGAGGUUAAUCUCGAUUUGGAUGGCGACAGCUUAGAAGGUGAGGGGGAAGCUGAUGAGGUUAGCCAGGACGAGUAUAGAAGUGCCGAAGAUCAAAUUGAAAGACAAUUAAGAUUAUCGUCCUUACCGAACUAUUCCCCUCCCACAGGCACGCCAGAGCCUGGAGAACCCCCAGACGAUGAAGCUAGUAACCCUGAUGACCACUGGACCUCAAGUCCGGAAGCACACCAGCAUCAGACUCUUGCUACUAUGGGCGUAUUUCCCACUCCUACCUUUGAUAUGUCGAACGCGUCGAAUAUCGAUGGGUUAGAUGAUGGCGACGAUGCAAUUGAACUUCCACGCCAUUCAAGCAUCAGUGAGCGUGAAAAGCUACCCCAUCCGCCUCGAGUAUUGAAAGUUCAAUUUCCAAACAGUUCAAGUUCCGAACACGAACUGGAGGAAGAUGAGCUUCACGCCAUUGGAGACCCUGUGGAAGCUGAAAAUGGAAAGACCGUCCAAGUCCCAGAGACGUCGCAGGAUUUUCCGUCAACGGCUGGUGCAAGAACUGGGAUAGUUGAAGUAGAGCAGUCACCGUUCGUCAAUACUCACACACCUCGUCUUAGUGGUCACAGCGAUAGGCUGGUUGAGGCUGAAAAGCCUGUUACCGUUUCUUCAGACGGAGUGGUUCCUGCCACAUGUGCAGAUGCAAGUCAGCACGCAACAGGAUUCGCCACAGCUAGCAACAACACGAACCACUUUUUAGAACAAGCUGAACUUGAGAACUCUACGUCUGCUGACGCCGAAGCUGAGGCAUCCAAGAUUGCUGAUGACAUCUACCUCUCCAUCAGCAAUGAACUGGAGCAAGAGCCGAACGAGGCAAGCUUACCAUUCUUACUCGCCGAUCACGAAUUCACAAGCUCACCUCCGCCGUUGAAACACCCCUCCAGAAGCUCAUCGCCGCGGAACAUUUCCCCAGAAGUCGAAGAUACUUUACCCCGAUCUAAAACAUCCGGUAGCCAUACAAAUAUUCCAACCACUCCUGUGCUCUCCAUUCCAUCUGUUCAUGAAAUGCAGCCACAGCCACAGCCCAGCACUUCAGCUCUGGCUAGGCCGCACCGGGUAAUUACGCCUGUAAAGCAAAGACGUUACAGCGCGGCCAUAGCUGUGACUCUUAAUGAAGAACCCCCUAUACAAGGUCCAAAAGAGAUGGCCAGAGCUAAGCGCCAUCAAUUUCUCAGCAAAAACCUGACAGAGACUCCGCAACACGAUUCAGAAAAUCCUGCGGAUACUCAACCAUCGCCAAUAAGGCUUCACAAAUCACCCGCACAGCUAAUUCCUUUUGUUGAUGAUUCAAUCGAGUCAAGGCCAGGAACCACCACUUGGGAAAUGGAAAGAGAAGAAAUCGUUGCUGAAAGGAUGGGGUCGCAUAAAUCUGCUUCCUCUGGCUCAUCACCAUAUAGGCAGGUCAAUACGUGCAUCGAACCUUCGACCACGGAGAACACACAGGAUGACUCUCUACCCCAACGGUCAAACACAUCGGAUGGUUCUGUUACAGACUUCUAUCAGGCUUUUAAAAUUGCGUAUCCGAAGUAUCAGGGCAGCGUCAACGGAUUUACUUGGACUCUGGUUUAUAUGGAGUGGCUCUCGAAGAACAGUAACCCGGUCCAUAGGUCACUGUGCGACGACUUCAUUCACGUUGUGUCUACGGAAUUUGUGGACUAUGUUGGUGCGACAACAAAAGCCAAGGCUGUCACGGGGUGCCAAUUUUAUGCUCAGAGGGAGAUGAACCCCGAGCACUCACUCCGAAUUGUCACACCAGAAAAUCUGGGUCAAGCAAUAUCAACGCUUGAUCAGCAACGUGUUGACGAGAUCCGAUUGAUGUUUUCUUCGGCGCCUAAAUCCAACGUCAAAUCCCAGAAAUCGGUGGUCGACACUAUGUCUAGGAAUCAAGUCUUAUCUAGUCCCAUUCCACGGCCCCAGCAGAAUUCCGUAUCAACAUCGUCAAACUUAAAAUCUGCUAGACAUCUGCCAUGGAAGAAAAAUACAGCUCAAGCUUCGAGUUCCGGAAAAGUGCCAGUCUUAUGCGCAAGAUCUUCUUCGCCAACGUUGGCGAAGCAGCGGACUUCCAAAAUCUCUCCUAUUUUGCGGUCUAAGCGAGAUUCACCAGCAUCACCAAUUCUGGGAUCCGGAACACAUGAAUCUCCCGGCGACUGGGAUCAAGUAUUAGAGACACUCGAAUGGACUACCAAUGGUGGAAGUGGAAGUGCAAAAAUUCCUCGAGAGAGGGGUAAUGGGCCCAAAAGUAAGAGCCUUGACGGAAGGAGUCUCGCUCUAGAAGCGCAACGUCGUGUUGUAAAGCGCAAGAUAGAGCAUUCGCCUUCCAGCAUUGGACAACCUUUCAAACGCCCCAAACUGCCCUUUCAAAACACUCCAACUCCUGCUCCCCUUCACAGACGUUCCUCAGCCCUUCCAUCUUCCGCUGCCAGACCACCGUUUUCAACACAUGUCGUGCAGAUCAAGACGAAAAGACCCCCAGAUGAAGCAGGCUGGGCCAAGUUUGUCAGGAGACAGAGUAGUACUGGGAGUUUAUCAAGGUUAUCAACACCUGCGAGUACACCUGGGAAAAGAUAUUGCGUGAAGCCGAAGGCUGUGGUGUUGCCUACGGACUUUGGCACGGGUAGUGAUGAGAGGGCAAGAGAUGGUGACAGUAAGGCAUUAAAUAGUGGGGGGGGUUCUCGGAGGUCAUCAGCUGGAAGGCGAACUUCUGGUGAAAUGAGCAGUCAGAAGGGGAAGGGACGGAUGAUGGAGCCGGAGACGCAGGCUUGGGAUAUGUGA